AUGGUAAAAGUAACAGUCCUCGGUGCUUCAGGCGGUAUCGGUCAACCACUCUCGCUCCUACUUAAGUUGAAUACUACCGUUACCAAUUUGGCGUUGUAUGAUCUUGUAAACACUCCCGGUGUUGCGGCAGACUUGGAUCAUAUUAAUACACCAGCGAAAGUUAAGGGCUAUUUGCAAAAGGAUAAUAAUGGUCUAGAGCAUGCUGUGACUGGGUCUCAUCUUAUUGUGAUUCCUGCCGGGAUCCCUAGAAAGCCUGGUAUGACAAGAGAUGAUUUAUUCAAGAUAAACGCCGGCAUUGUCCGUAGCUUGGCAACUGCAAUCGCUCAAUUUGCACCGCAAGCUUUUAUACUUGUCAUUUCCAAUCCUGUAAACUCUACAGUACCGAUUGUCGCCGAAGUGCUAAAGAGACAUGGAGUUUUUGAUCCCAGACGUCUUUUUGGAGUUACUACUCUUGACGUUGUUCGUGCAUCGACAUUCACAGCAGAGAUUUCUGGUGCUGUUUCAAAGGACGUUACAGUCCCCGUAGUUGGUGGACAUAGCGGAGUGACAAUCAUUCCUCUCUUGUCCAAGAUCACGCCCAAGCAUGAAUUUACUCAUGAGCAAGUUGCUGCCUUGACAAAGCGGAUUCAGUUUGGCGGUGACGAAGUUGUUAAAGCAAAGGAUGGUGCUGGAUCUGCUACACUCUCGAUGGCGCACGCUGGGGCCCGAUUUGCGAAGGCUGUUUUGGAUGCUACUGUAAAUGGUGUUGCUGGUAUUGUGGAACCGGCUUACGUUUAUCUUGGAGCCGUUGAUAGUGGUAACCAACUCAAGGCGACUGUUGAUGGGUUGGAUUAUUUCUCUUCAAACAUUGAAUUAGGGUUCUACGGUGUCCGCAAUAUACAGCCAUUAGAGGAUUUAUCGACAUACGAGCAAGAUCUUCUUCGGGCGGCUAUUCCUGAACUCAAGAAGAGCAUUGAUAAAGGUGUUGCGUUUGUUGAGGAGGCGUCUAAGCAAAAGCUGUAA